AUGAGUGCCACGGGUGCUAUUAAAUCUCAAAAACUGAGCCAUGGCACCUUCAUCUAUAGACCUACGGAUGACGAGCUCAGCACUGGCUCUCUGUGGGAAAAGUUAUCCAAUUUCGGAGAAAACCUAUAUUGGAUGUACUACAUACACUUGCCUUACUAUUUGAUGACCUCAGGAGACGCGUUCUGCUUGCAUUCCUUCUUUCUGGCGAUGUUCACGCUGGGCGUAUUUGGACUUAUUAAAUAUUUGUUUCUGUGA